AUGGGUAUAUGUGAUGCAUCGAAAGAAUCGUGUAAUUAUAUUUUAGAACAAGGUCAUGGCAAUAGUCUGAUGUUAGUACUUGGCGGUGCCAAAGAAGCGUUAGAUGCUCGACCAUCACAUGAAUAUAUAUUGACACUUAAAAAUCGAAAAGGUUUCGUUAAAAUCGGUCUAGUUCAUGGUGCCUGCUUAGUGCCCGUGUUUUCAUUUGGUGAAAAUGAUCUCUAUGAACAAGUGCCGAAUCCACGUGGAUCACGUAUUCGGCGAUGGCAAAUGUUGUUACAGAAUAAAAUGGGCUUUUCAUUCCCAUUGUUUAAUGGACGUGGCGUAUUUCAAUAUGCAAUCGGUUUUCUACCCAAUCGACAUCGUAUCGAUACAUAUGUCGGUGAACCGAUUCAAUUGCCGAAAUUAGAACAUAAUCAAAUAACAUCCGAUAUUAUCGAUCAAUAUCAUAAGCAAUAUAUGAAUGCGCUAACGCGUCUAUUCGAUCGAUACAAAUCUGAACACGAUCAAUCGGAUGCAACGAUCAUUUAUGUCAAUGAUGAUGAUGUACCAUCAUAA